UCAAACAUCGGACUGCAGAGCCUGCGAGGAUCCUGCUUGCCAGCAGAGUUAUAGCUGGGCGUCAGAAGAAAGACGGACCGUGCACGGGCUGACCGGUGAGUCAGGAAAAUAAGCAGGAUGGGAUUAACUGCGUCAGCAGUGGAAAAGGCGGUUGUCGAUAGCCUAAUGAAAUUGGCUGAUAAGACUGACGCUCAGUUGCCGCGUUCGGCGCUGAUAGAUUUACUAUGUUGGUGUCGCCGCCGUGGGUUUUUCUCUUCCACGCAAGAUAUAUAUAAUACUGAGACGUGGCGAAAGGUGGGGAAGGACUUGUGGGAAUCGGUGCAACUUGGAACGAAAGGGGCAAAGACACUAGCAAAAACUUACCGUACUCUGCGUACACUGAUUGAACGGCUACAUGGCGAGGCGCAAGUCGCCGCGGCUGUUAAAGCCGCGGUGCGGUCUCCCGAUAGCUCUCAAACAAAGGCAGAACGCGCGGCCGAAACGCAGGGUGUCUGGCCCCCUCUUGGAGACCCCCCUGAUUAUCCUCCGUUAACGUGUCUUGUCAUGACUAAGGCAGAACAAAUAGCGUGGGGUUUAGAUGACGAAUUUCCACCGUGGAACCCCAGUAACAAAAAGCCAUUGCCCGAAAUACAAAUCGAAAGUAAAAUACCGGGUAAUAGCGCUGCAACGACAUCUAGCGAGGCUGCAGCGACAUCUAGCGACGCUGCUGCGACCGUACCGACCGUACCGCCCGCCCCGCCCGUACCAACCGCCCCGCCCUUACCGACCGCUCCGACCGGACCGAUCGUACUGCCCGCUCCGAUCGUACCGACUACACCCGUGGUAGAAGAAAUGGAGACGGACGACGAUCUGCUUGACCGUCUUACACCUCUACCCCCGGAGGACGGUGGCCUCCACAGCGGUAAUGAGGAACGCCGACCAACAGCGUAUUCAGAGUUACGGCGGGAGCUCCGAAGCCAGAGAGAAACGAUGACAGACCUCCUGCAUCAGAUGGAGCGGCUCGAUCGGGGAUCAAAGAGACGGGAUAUUAAAAAGGCCUAUAAGGACGCUCAUAAAUCUAUAAUGAGUGCUGAUGUAACCAUUCUUCCUAUUUCAGUGUGGCCUUCUGCUUGGGAAUUAGAUAACACGGGUUCAACCAUUUCAGGCAUUGGGGGAAGUCGUCUGACUCAGGGGUUAUGCAUGUGUUUCUACAGGGAACACGACCAAGUGGAUCCCAGCAAAGUGGGUACGCCCUUGGAUACAGUUUCAGGACUCAGAAGAAGAACAGAAAGACAGCGACCCUGGCGACGGAUCCUGAUUACGAAAGACUUCAACGAUACAUACACCGAUUACAUGUUGCUACUGAUAAGUAUUUGAAACCAUUUUUGGAGAACACUGAAUAUCAAUAUCUGUUGGGUUGGAAAAAUUUAGAUGAUUUUUGGUUUAUCACACAGACACUAGGGAUUGUCAUUCCAAAUUCUCUGUGGAAACAGCCUUGUAUUUCAUGUAAGCAGAAACAUAAAACUGAUAAAACAUGGAUACUCAUACAGUGUGGAGGUUGUAAAGAGGAAAUCUGGGUCUGUCAGAGGCAAUUAGACGGGUGGUGUGCACGCUGUGACGAAAGGUGGCGAGGAAAUAACAUAAUACGGUCUUUAGAGGAGUUUACAGGUCUCUCUAUCCAAGAAAUCAGUGAGGUCCCAAUUUUUGAAAGCCAGGAACAAAGGUGGAUAGCGGAACAGAGGUGGAGCAUACGACAUGAAUACGACCGAAUCAUGGCUCAAAAUGACACCAAGAUCCUUGAUUGGUUCUGUGAUGAGAACUUGUGUAUCCCUAGGGGGUGGAUGGUCCCUCCC